GUCUUUUGUUCGAUAUACGAUAUAUCUUGCUCCCACUACACUACGAAUAGCCUUACCGCAGCAUUACGAUGCAGCGUGACACGUCCCACGAAAGCGCCCCAGAUCCGGGCCAGCCCGCGCCUAAUUCAGACUCGAGCUCUGCUUCCGCCAACAAUCUACUCCAGGAUCAUACGCUCCCCCGACGCAAUGGCGUAAAUGCUUCAUGUGAAGCCUGCCAGAUGAGCAAAACAGAAUGUAGCGGAGACCAGCCCAGAUGUCUCUCAUGUGCUCAGCAAGAUAUCAAUUGUCAUUAUGCAUCUGCUGAGAUUGAAACAGAAGUGCUAAUGAGAAAUCUCCUAGAGGAGAGGAAGAAGGGUCUCGAGUAUCAGUAUUUCUUCAAUGCUGUUAAAAAUAUGCCGGAGGAGGAAUCUCAGGCAGUUUAUCGCUUGAUACGGCAACGUGCCGAUAUAAAGACUGUGGUACGCCAAAUUAAAGAAGGAAACCUUUCAUAGCUCCGUCAAUAUUGUCGGCUAGUUUGAUAAGCAUCUGCUCAAAUCUCCCAUCUAAUCCUUGGUAUUCAGGACUUUACGAUCUCAUUGAGAAAACUGUCACACUUUUAUUUUUCCACCAACCACUCUUUCUCUAUGGUUUCAACUAUCACUUUCUCUUACCAUUCUGUGGAGAGGCACCUCGCAAGCUAUUGGCUUCACC